AAUAAUAUAAUAAGUCGCGUGGUGUGUAAUAGUUAUUACGGAAAAUACCGUAGUUUGCCGUUUUGUGUGUUUAAAUAUAAGAAAGAUAAGUGCAAUCAGUGCAUAUAUGUAUACUACAUAUAAAAAUUGCGCUGGUAAAUUGGUGUAAUUGUACUUCAGCGAGUUAGAAGCGCGUCCAUCUCGCUCUAGCUUAGGUUUCUGAAAAUAAAAUUUAUCGCGUUAUGUUUUGAUCGCUCGAAUCGUUUAGAAUAUAAUACCUGUAAUGUUGUAAUUUUCAGACAGGAGCAAUUAACAAAAAGUUCUAUGAAAAAUUAAACGCAUUUUAUUGUAUUGGAAAUCAGUUAAAUUGUUCUGCAUGUAAAAAGCAAUUCGAAAUGUAUCAACACAUUCAAUUACGAAGAUCGUCAAAUUGGUCUUCUAAAGCCACUUCCCAAAAAGCGGACGGAUUAAAUACGUUUAAAGAAAAGGAAGUUAUUGAAAUCUACGAUGACGAUGAUGUGCUGGUUUUAAAGGAGUUGUCUAAUAAAAUGGAUGAACUUGAAGAAGUAAUUUUAGUUGAAGAUGAUGAUGCUUUAAGUUUACCACAAUUAAGUAAUGAGUGUUGGAACGAUUUCGUGGAUGAAUUAACAAAAAAAUACGAAUAUGACGCGCUUCAAUCAACUUCCGUACCUCAGACCACUAAAGCAAAGAGAAAAUUCCAUAUUUCUGCUCGUAAUCUAUCACGAGCACAACGAGGUUAUGCCGCAACUAGAGAUGAAGAUGAAAGUGUGAUCAAUAUCAGUAGCGACGAAGAUGAACAAUCUAGUACAGUUCUACCUACAGAGCAUACACAUUCUUCGAGUAAGGAUUUCUCUCCAACGAUACAAGUACCAGCGGCUACUAAUAGCUGCACAUCUCCAUCGCAGUGCGAGUUAUUAACAUCAGUGGUGAAUGAAGGUAUUAAGAGUUUAGAAGAAGAAAAUAAAUUGGACAGUGGUCAGUUAAUUGAGCAUAGCGCAACAGCAGCAACCGAAAGAGUAAAUAAUGAAACAACUCAACAAAGUACUGAGCCAAUUUCAAAUUUAACGCUGCUUGUGGCGGACGCGCAAAGCCCCAUACAGCACAAUGUCAUGACUGAAUCAAAUAGCAGUACUGCCUGCACAGAUAAUAUAACAUUAUCAGAGUCUUUGCGGAGCAAGUCCCCUAGUCUGAGCAAACAUAAAGGGUUGUCUGGAAUUAACAAAAAGUACCAUGACAUUAAACGUAGAACAUAUAAAUUGACAUUUCAUCAAAUUUUACAAAUAUUCAACAUUGAAGAGGCGGCCCUAUCAGCUAUAGGUGCAGUACCUGGUGAACCCAUAGAGUUGGACUUUCCAGAUCUUGAUAUGAGAGAGUUUGUGAAAAUAGUCAAAAAUUACCAAGAGACAGAGUCCGUAGAUGAUGUGAGACACUUAUGGACGCAGAUUAAAAGUUGGUUAAGCGCCAUGAAACCAGCAUAUGGUACCACUACAAACUACACGAAAUAUCACAAAAAGCUAAAUUGGUACUUAUCUGAGUUAAUGGCGCAAUAUAUCAAAUUCGAAAUAGAGCACAGCAUACAAAAUGAAAACUACUAUAAAUUGAAAAUGGAGGCGUUGAUGCAUACCGUAUCCUCCUUGCUGAAUGAUGAUGUUAAUUUGAAAAUUUUAACUUUGCUGCGUACAAAUUUCCCCGAAAGGCCCAGCAACUUUCUGGAUGAUCUCUUCAAGAAAUUCUUAACCCACCCGAAAGUGCGUUUGGAAAACAAUGAUUACGGUAUUUAUCGGCUGAAAGUUUUAGCUUUUCAAAAAUGGAUGCACUAUUCAAAUAGAAAAAAAGAAGAUAUAGUGAAUAUUGCGAUUAAGGAGGGUUCUGCUUAUCUGCCAAGACUGGUGCCAAAAAAUACAGAGGAUGCAUUCUAUAGAGUUGAUUACAAUGUUCAGCUAAUUGAUGAUUACGAUAAGCAAGGCACAAGAAAACUAUUGGCGGAGAACGUUAGCAUUGAUGUGCUAAAAAAUACAAUCAAUAACUAUCUGCUGGUGUACGAAAGGCAACUAUUUGAUGAUUUCGUUUAUAGAUUAUCGCGUCGUCAAUGUUUGGAGCACUUCGACGUUUUGAAAUCGUCGACGUCAGACAAACGCCGGGCGUACCUCAUCGCGUCUCCAGGGAGGAAGCUAUGUAUGCGCAGGUACAGCCCGAAGGCGAUUACAUUGAGGACAUAUGCGCGCCAAUGUAAUCCUCGACGAAUGCAUCAAAGACACAACCACAAGAACAACAUUCGAGCAACGUAUUUACCAUUUACCGGAUGUGAUUUGCAGAAAAAUAGGUUAAGAAGGCAAUGUAGGUCUUUAGUGGCUAGGUCCCAAUGUGAUAUUAGUUUAAGUUGUAAAACCUUAAUUACUAAAGAUAUUUCGCUCGAUUCAACCGAUGAUGAAGCGCGAAUAGCACGAAAAACAAGAUCAACGUUACAAACGCAACCGAAAGACAACCGUCAAACCCACAGACUCCGGACUCGGAAAAUGAAACCAGUACGGCACCUGUGGAUACUGAAGAAGCGAGAAACAGCGAAAUGGAGAGACUCAAACGAAGCGCUAGCAACCACACUAGGAAAAUUCCACCUAAAUAAGUCGACACAAUUGUAUUGGACCCUGGACUCGGAAAAUGAAACCAGUACGGCACCUGUGGAUACUGAAGAAGCGAGAAACAGCGAAAUGGAGAGACUCAAACGAAGCGCUAGCAGCGGUCUCGUGCAGUGCAAUGCAAGUGCUUACCAAAAUGCGCUCGAAGUCGGCACAGUGGCGAUUUUGGAGCGUCGCGAACUAGAUCAGCCGGUUGUUACUGAUGAUAUCUACAACGGUAUCAUUAUACCGAUGGUUGGUGGCUAUUAAAAAGUGGUAGAAGAGGCCACCUCAUCUACAGCAGUCUUUCACCGCAUACAGUCGCUUCAGAAAGGAAUUGCAGCAAAAGCUUUGACAAUUGUCGAGCCAAUGCCAGACGUGCUGGCUGGACUCGUAGGAUUUAAUGAUGGAAGUGUGUAGCCAGUUUCUGAACCCAUGAAAAGGUCGGACAUCGUUGGACACUUAUUGAUGGAGGCGCGUGAGCCAUUUUUUGAACUCACGAAAAGGUCGGACAUCGAUAGGGACUUAUUUAUGAAUGUGUGUGAGCCAGUUCCUGAACUCACGAAUAGUUCGGAUGUGGACUAUAACAAAGACGAAGAAGAAGCAAUCAGAACGGUCGUGGAAACUAAAUCAGCUAAAAUUGAAGAAGACCUUUCAUCCAAUCAGUUCUCGGAUGAAGUUUUAUGUGAAAAAUUCGGCGAAGCUACUGCAUUGGAAGAGCAAACGUUGCACGACACACAAAAUAAUAUCAAUUCAGAGGAGACCGAAGAAGUUCGUGCUAAAAGCGAAUCUGCAGACAAUUUAUCUGAAAAAAAAAUUAGUUCCGAUCUUGAUGCUGAGAGCUCGACUAAAACCGCAAAAUCAACUCAGCUAAGCUCUGAAGAGAAUGAAGAAAGAGAGAGACAACAUUGGGUAAAAAAUAGUAAAGAAAUCGUACCGACCCAAGAAUGUAAUAUUUUGAAAGAUGUCUGUUUUUAUAAGGUUAAGACAUUAAAGAAGAAAGGGACAAAGUUGAAGAUAUCGAAUGUAAUAGCAGAAUACCUCACAAAGGAUAUGGAAAGUUUACUGAAACCAGUUGAAGAUAUGGAUGACGGUAAUAAAUUAUUAUUGCAAGAAAAGGAGAUAACGGCUGAAAUUAAUAUGGAUCAAGAGAAAGGUGAGACACUCGCUACAAGUAUAGAUAAGGGUAACUUAGAAGUUGGAAAUAUGGAUACUCGAAAGCGAGGAAGAAAGAUAUUCCAACAAACAAGGAAAAAGGAAAGACGCACAAAAAAUACCCAAACUACUCAAGUACCUACAGCAGCCGCUGCAGAGAAUCCUGCAAAACCAUUCUCAUCAACUGCUGUUAAAAAUGUCGAGGAGCAGAAGCAACCUGUAUUAGGCAUGCUUACAAUACCUCCACCAGUCACAGCAGAGAAACCUCUAAUAACAUCCUCAACAACUACUGUUAAAAAUGCCGAGGAGCAGAGGCAACCCGUAUUAGGCAAGCCUAAAGUGAAACCUACAAUAACAUCCUCAUCAACUACUGUUAAAAAUCCCGAGGAGCAGAAGCAAACCGUAUUAAGCAUGCCUACAAUACCUCCACCAGUCACAGCAGAGAAACCUGCAAUAACAUCUUCAUCAACAUCUGUUAAAAAUGCCGAGGAGCAGAAGCAACCUGUAUUAAGCAUGCCUAAAGUGAAACCUACAAUAACAUCCUCAUCAACCUCUGUUAAAAAUGCCGAGGAGCAGAAGCAAACCGUAUUAAGCAUGCCUACAAUAUCUCCAGCAGUCACUGCAGAGAAACCUGCAAUAACAUCUUCAUCAACAUCUGUUAAAAAUGCCGAGGAGCAGAAGCAACCCGUAUUGAACAUGCCUAAGGUAAAACCUGCAAUAACAUCCUCAUCAACUUCUGUGAAAAAUUCCGAGAAGCAGAAGCAACCCGAAUUAAGCAUGCCUACAAUACCUCCAGCGGUCUCUGCAGAGAAGCCUACAACAACAUCCUCAUCAACUGCUGUUAAAAAUGCCGAGAAGCCGAAGCAACCUGUAUUAAGCAUGCCGGAUCUCGAUUGGGUUUUUGAGCCGACUAUGUCCGAUGAACAAAUUACUGCUGCGUCGUCUAAUAACGUAGAACCCGAAGCAAUUGUCGACUCUACGACAACGGAAAUAUUAACAAAUCAGAAUGAAAACAUAUCAAAAACCGUCGAUGACGUCAGUCCGGAAACUAAACCGCUUACCGCAGCUACUGUGGACGCAGCUGCUUUAGAAAAAGUUACGCCACAGAAGUUAACCUCUGUUACACAACCACCGAAACGCGCCUCAUCACCCAAUGAAACAACCGAAGUGAAUACCAUACUCACACCCAUAAUUGUACAACCGAUAAUACGCAUACAAAGCCAAACCAACCGUUUAGAGCGCAUAGACCCCGCGCCAGGUACUUCACAGCAAGCUUUCCCAUUUACAAUACCAGAAAGUCUGCCGAAUUUAAUUGAUACGCUGGAUAUUAGUAAAAUUGAAGUAAAUGAUAUCAGUCGUCCAGAACGUAAUUCCACGCCCACACUCGAUGAACUUUUCAAAGAUGAAUACGAAUUAAAUUCAUCGAAUAAUUUGCUCUUAGUUCAGGACACAACUGCGCCGCUUCGAGAAUCACCGGUCAAACGUUUGUGUUUGGAAAAUGUUAACAAAACAAGAACAACAAAUGAAAAUUUCGACAUGUUGAAGAGCGAAGAAAAGCAGCAAAAGAAAGAGCAGUGCAAGCAAAAUGUUUCAAAAACAACCGAUUCGACUAGUUCUAAAACCGUUGAUUCGGUACCGAAGCCAACAGAAACUGAGAUAACGACAACGACGGUUUCGGACAAUGCACUUGUACACACGACAUCAGAGAACUACAAACAAAGCGCAGGCAGUCAGAAUGAAAAGAAAGUUGUAGAAAGUGCUAUAAGUAAACAACAACAACAGAAACCUUUGGAAGUUCAACCAACUAAGCAAAAGAUCAUCACGACGCCAAAGGAUUUGGCUAACUCUACAACCGUUGAUUCGGUACCGAAGUCAACAAAAACUGAAAUAACGACAACGACGGCUUCGGACAAUGCACAUGUACACACGACAUCAGAGAAUUACACACAAAGCGCAGACAGUCAGAAUGAAAAGAAAGCUGAAGAAAGUCCUACAAAUAAACAACAACAGAAAUCUUUGGAAGUACAACCAACUAAGCAAAAGGAUGACAAAUUUUCUAGCAAUGAGGAACCGAUUCUAAUCUGUAAAGAGACAUUAAUUGCGCUGAAGAAACUCGAAAGUGCCGCCAGAUAUUGGGCACCGAUUACAAUGUUUGAAGAGUUUCAACCACUUUCACCACUUGGAAUGAUGGAAGACUUUCAAUCACUUUCGCCGGGAAGCACGCCUGAAAGGUGUGCUGAAACAUAUACAGAUACAAAAUCAUCAGCUGAAAAACUGAGAGUAUCACCAAGACAACUCUUAGAAGAUUGCAAGGUAGAGAAGAGUGUACCAAAAAAAAUAGAAAAGUCAAAAAUUUUGCUCUCCCAAUCGAAUCAGUCAAAUGAUGUCCAGCAGUUGGGCACUAAAACUGAAUUACCCAAAAGUAGAUCCUCCACCACAAUGUCUAUGACUAAAUACGACAGCAUCAUAUGGUCACCGAUUGUAAUGAUGGAAGACUUUCAAUCACUUUCGGCGGGAAGCACGCCUGAAAGGUGUACCGAAACAUGUACUGAUGCAAAAUCAUCAGUUGAAAAACGGAAAAUAUCACCAAAAAAACUCAUAGAAGACUGCAAGGUUGAAAAGAGUAUACCAAAAACAUUAGAAAAGUCAAAAGUGUUACUCUCCCAACCGAAUCAGUCAAAAAGUAUACCCUCUAAAAAAACUCCUACGACUAAUUACGAAAGCACCGUAUGGACACCGAUUACAAUGAUGGAAGACUUUCGAUCACUUUCGGCAGAAAGUACGCCUGAAAGGUGUACUGAAACAUAUACAGAUACAAAAUCACCAGCUAAAAAACGGAAAAUAUCAGCAAGACAACUCAUAGAAGACUGCAAGGCAGAAAAUAGUGUACCAGAAACAUUAGAAAAGUUAAAAGAUUUACUCUCCCAACCGGAUCUGUCAAAUGAUGAUCAGCAGUUGUAUGCUAAAACUGAGCGACCCAAAAGUAUACCCUCCCCCACAAUGCCUACGCCUAAAUACGAAGGAGGCCGCGUAUGGUCACCGAUUACAAUGAUGGAGGACUUUCAUUCACUUUCGGCGGAUAGCACGUCUGACAGCGGUGCUGAAGAUACAAAACCAUCAGCUAAAAAACGGAAAAUAUCAGCAAGACAACUCAUAGAAGACUGCAAGGCGGAAAAUAGUGUACCAAAAACAUUAGAAGAGACAAAAGAUAUACUCUCCCAACCGAAUCAAUCAAAUGAUGGCCAGAAGUUGGGCACAAAAACUGAACUACCCAAAAGUAUACCCUCCCCCACAACGCCUACGACUAAAUGCGAAAGCAGUCCCAUGCCAGAUACACCAAGUAGCGAUGAGCAUAGCACCUGCGCUCGUACCAGCAUAGUGCAAUGUAAAAACCGCAAAGGCAGUAUUACAAGCCCAGCCUUAGCACAUGAAUCGCCGCCAAGUGCGAAAAGCAAUGCCACGGUGGACCUCAACAAAACAAAUGAAAAUACAAAAGCAAUCAGCCAGACAGAGAGAACGGAAGGAGAAGGCGUACGCCACACACCGUCCGUCAAAUCAAACCUCAGCAACAACUUAAAGGAUCUUCCGAGAGCAGAAGCAAUAAGCAAAAGUGAAACUAAAAACGAUUCUGUAAGCCAAACACCCACCAAAUCACCACGCUCUCGAGUACCACCAAAACCAAUGUUAGCUGUAGCACCAACGUUACUUCCUCAAAAUGCGCACCGUUUUCAUCCAUAUCAUAACCCUCAAACAGCGCCAAAUGUGGGAAGCACUCAUAAAAGUAAAGUGACGCCUGAACGACAACGUCGUGACAGUCUGCUAUCAACGCCCGAAAAUAACUCAAACAGAAAGAGGGAAUCUGUUAAAUCGGCUGAUAAGACUACGCCGCAACGCAAUGCAACAACACGAUCAUCAUUAAUGCAAUCACGACUCUCCUCACCAAGGUAUCAGUCUUCCUUCGGUACGCCACCAAUAAUUACCGACCCAGCAUCGGCUAAACUAACAGCCGAAGAAGAGGCGGAUAUAGCGCGUAAACUGACGGAAUACCGCACCAAUUUACCGCCAGCGAAAACUUAUGGCGCACAUAAAGAAAAUCAACGCUUAGUCAAUUUGUAUGGAGAAAUAUUGCGCCUCGAGUAUGCAGAGCGUGCAAUUCGUCGCAAAGCCAAACAAUUACGUAACACUCAACGUCUGAAACGCAAACUCCAAACCGAGUCGAAUCAGGCGCGUUGCAAGAAAUCCUUAGAGCAUAGAGAAAAACCAGAUGCCACGAAUAGUAGUAAUGGUAAUAAGAUAAGUGAUGGCGAUGGUCAUCGCCAGCAUAGAUCUAAACAGCAAUCACAAUAUGUAAAUAAAUUUGGUGAAAUCGAAAAAUUAGUCGAAAAAGAAAAGGUCACGGAAGAUACGGAAGCGAAAUGUUCAGUUCCGUUAACGGCAUCAACGGCUUGGGAGCCCAAAAUGCCAACCGGCCAUGAAUUAAUUGAACUCCUCAGUAAAACAAAGAAAUCGUAGACCAAAUAAGAAUGGUUAUCAAAUGCAUAAGUUGUUGUUGUUGUCGCAGGUAAAUGCUUCGAUGGGUGAACUAAGAAAUUGUACAGAAAGAAUUAGCGUAAAGCACGAAAUGUACAAAAUAUUUAUAUAAAAGUUAUCAGAACUCAGCUACAAAAAUAUGUUCUACAUAAGUAGCCACAGAGAAAGACAUUUUCAGGGUUUUGUAACCGUUAGUACUAUUAUAUUCAUGCCCUGAUAUACCCUAGGAUUCCAUGAAGUCCGUGACAUCCAAAAGAAAACGACGGAAAUCCUAUAAAGUAUAUAUACAUAUAUACAUAUAAAUAUAUAAAUGAUCAGUUUGAUGAGCUGCGUUAAUUUAACAAUGUCCGUCUGUCUCUCCGUAUAUAAGCGAAUUAGUCCCUCAGUUUUUGAUAUAUCCAACUGAAAUUGUGCACAUAUCCUUUUCUCCCCAAGCAGCUACUCGUUUAUCACAGUCAAUUAUAUUGAAGCACUAUUGGUGGCCAUACAAAAUUAUCGACCAACAACAAGUCCUUGUGUGAACAACUUUUCAUUUGUCAAGAUAUCUUUACGAAAUUUUACUUGGACAACAUUACAAUCUCCGGAUAAACAUAAUUAUUGUUCAA